GGGGACUUUUAGAGGAGCGGUGGGUGAAUUUGUUUGAGCACACGCUGUCAGGAUGAGCUGAUGUGAGCGCUGCAUCAAGUGCGCGGCGGUGGUGAUGCUCCCGUAUAAAACAGCCCGCUAUAUUUUGGCACAGAGGGGGAUGCAUCAGUUUAACCCUCGGCUCUGCCCUCCGGACUCGCCCAUACAGUGUUCAGCCUAGAUAAGUUGAAGGGAUGUGUGAGCCUAUUGUGAGGAAUCCUGCCGCACGAUAUUCCUGAGGAUCUCUCUCUUUUUCUUUUUUUUUUCUCUUCAACUUCGAUGGCUUGAGUGGCCCAUUUGCACUCAUGCUCGCAGCCGAGGAGGGAUGUAAGGUACGGGCCAUCUACCGCCCUCACAUUGCGCGGAGUAGCGGCGUGAUUCAGGUCGCCAUCUGAGUGCCAACAAGAAAAAAAAACUACUUUCGAGAUGUGAAUUAUCGAGAUUUGCUACUCAUUCCACCCGUACUCGCCUGUCCUAUGCUAUCGACAACGGGAUUUCAAGAGGAAAAUGAUUGUGGCAUAAACUAUUUCUGGAGACGCCUGUCACAGAUAUCGCCGCUGAACUGGACAGGGUGGAUGGUUAUUUCCCAAACAGUUGAAGCCUAUGUAUACUGCAUUCAUCUGUUGGAAUCGCUGCCUAGUAUCUUCGAGAACAGCGCAAGAGGAAUGCUGGUCCAAGAUCUAAUGCCAUUUACUUUAAGUUUUUGGCCUUUUUUCUUCGGUCAUUGCCUUCUCUCACUGUUUUUACUCUCAUGCCAGGGAGAACUCCAGAGGUCAUGCUCACGGACUGUGGCGGAGAAAGUUAGCGAACAGUGCCAGCUGGCAUGCCACUGUAGAAGAUACCCUCCCCUUCCUCCGCCACCGCCUCCGCCGCCUCCCCCGCGGCUACUGGGCACCACAGUGGCAGAGCCCAUGGUGCCCUUGUUGAGGCCCUGGUGGAUGGAGAUGGACAUUAUAGUGCUUGGAACGGUGGGCUGUGCCUCAGUGGUCUUCCUCCUCUCAGCCAUCAUCAUCUGCUACAAGGCCAUUAAGAGGAAACCACUACGAAAAGAAGAGAACGGGACGAGUCGCGGGGAAUAUGCCAUGAGCAUCCGUAACAAGAAGGCCAUGGGUACGAACAACACUGUGGUAUAGACUGUCUCCUGGUAGACACAGGAAGUGACAUCACCGUUAACGUCUCUCUCCUUACCCCCCGAGUACAACAAUCCCGUCUCAAUCCAGAAUGCAACAGGGUUUUUUCAAACCCAAGGUUUUCAAACAGGUAAACCUUCCCUCUUUGCCUGCAAGUCGCCCGGACUGAAGACACCAUUCAGCUCAAAAGAAGAGCUGUAAAAGAUGGAAGGAAGGAAAAAAAAAUCAAGGCAGAAAGGACGGAGAGAAAGAUCCACAAACCCCCAUGGUGUCGAGAGUGGCACAGCAGGCUGAACAUUAUGCUCUUAGUAACAGCAAGUGUUGCUGACAGGCUGGUUGGCUGCUGGCUGGAGAGGGACUGUCUGCCAGUCUGCCGCAGAUCCAGACCUCACACACUGUUGACAUCUGCAAUGGAGCAACAGACAAUACAGUAGCCUUGCAGUCUCAUGGGUGGCCAGACAGGACAGCCCCCCACCCCACUCCUCCCCUCACACACACAUACACAAUAAAUAACGUGCAUGCAGUUUUUACAGAGAAUGCAACAUUUUUUUAUAUACCAAUCCUCACACUGUCCAUCUUUUGUUCUCCAUUUUUGAGACGGAUGCUUUGUGAGAGGCAUGAUGUUACUGUCAGUCCUGGCUCUGAGAUGUGGAUUCAUCUGACUAUGCAAUUUAAAGAAAUCCAUAUAAAAGAGAGAGAGAGAGAGAGAGAGAGAGAGAGAGAGAGAGAGGAGCAACGACACCAACAUGGGACGUUCUGGUUAUUUUACCAUGCCAAAAAUGCCACUGAAGACUUAGGCUCAAUGUAAUAUACUUCAGUCAUUCAUCUAUUUAUUUGCUCUAUUUAUUUACUUAUCUACCUUCGAAUUUAUUUUUCUACUUAAGAGGGAAAAAAACAGUCUUGUAAGUUACUCACAUCUUGAAAAAUCUUGGAACAUCUUGAUGAAUCCAUUUUAUUUCUUGAUAGCUCUGUUUUUUAAGUGAAUAAUUUAUAAACCAUAUAAUUCAUUUGUGAUGCUCCAAUGCUUUAAGCCUGCUGUCAGUUUGUUGAGACACUGAUGCAGAAAACAUGCUUGCUCUGCAAAGAGUUUUGGUAUCAGUUGUUUUGUCUCUGGGUGUUUGAUAUGCUUUUCUGUGUUUCCCUGAGACUUCAGCUAAAAUGUCAGGGGUCUUUACGAUGUGCUAUGUGAAUGUGUGUUUUAUACAUUAUUUCUGUGCUGCAUCAUAUGCCAGUCCCAGCACCCCACCCCACCCCCACCCCCUGUUUUUAUUUAUUUUAAUUUGUUAACUCAAUGCAAGUCGUCGUCCCCCUCCACCCCACCCCUUCCCUCCUUCCUCCAGCAAGUUAAAUGUGCUAUCACAGGUCAUCUGGUUAAAUCCUGUUGUUUCAGAGUUUUUGGGUGAGAUAGAUGCCUUCAGUCGUGUUUCAUGGAUUCGAUUUGACAAUCUUUGUUUUGUUUUUUGUUUUUUUUCUAUCUGUCAAGAAGGGCUUAGCCCAUCACUAUAGAAACAGGGGACAUGAGCCCAGGGCUGACCUUGUGACUGGUGAGAGACAGGAGACUUAGCCAAUAGCCAGAGAUCAGGUUGCACAGAGGAUGGCCUCAGCAGGGAUGUGUGUGUGACUCAGUGCUGUCACAGGCAUCCUCCACAUCCCCGCUGGAAAAACACAACUGAGCUGAACUGGAGCAUCACUCAACGCUGCUCUGCUUUUUAUUUUUUAUUUUUUUUUAAACAUUAAAUCUGUGUGUGUCUGUGCGUGCAUGCAUGUGUAUGUGUUUGAGUGGUGUGUGCGUGUGUGUGUCUGUCUGUCUGUCCAUCUGUCUGUCUGUGAGUGUGCAUGCAGAUGAGUGUACUCAGUGAGAGUGGGCUGUACUCUGUGGCUGUCGGUUAAGUAUAGAUAUUGGCUAAACUGUGGGAAUUUGGAAAAACACAUGCUUGCAUCUAAACAUGCACAGGUAUUAGCUAACAGUAUACCCCACCAUGUACCUAUAUGAGAGAAAUGAUGGAUGCAUGAAUGUAAAUAUUGAUAUUUAAAUAUCUGCCUUCUGGACUGUUAAUUCAUGUACAGUGUAACAGAACAUAUGUUUAUACAUAGUAAAACUUAAACAAUGUGCUACCAUUUAGAAUUAUGUCAAUGUUGUCAUGUUGAUGGAGCAAGCCAUUAAUGUAUAUAUGGCAAUCAAUAGUACAUAACACAAUUUAUGCAUUAUACCAAACAAAUAGAAAGAUGUGCAUAAGUUGAUUUCAUUGCUGAGUUUUUCAGUUGUAAAUAAAACUGUACAUAAUAACAGA